AUGAGUGUCAAAUCUCCCGUAAGAGCCUUGAGAACCAAAUCAGAAGCACUCAUGAAGAGCGCAGCAGACAAGCCCGAUAUCCAUGUAUCAGUUCAAAAUUUGGCCCAGCCCGAUAUCCAUGUACCAAGUGUUGCCGAUGACGAUGACACAUUCCCCUUGAUUAACACCCAAUUCUUAAAAGAGAUUGACAGAAAUGCACAAGAAAAGUUAAAUGAAGCAUCCAAGGGGAAAGAACCGAGAGGUUUCGACUACGAGCCACACCCCGUCUUUGGUUUCGCAAUGAAGGGAUCGUUGCCGUCUUUUGAUGCUAUAACUGUCGGUCUACCACCACGCCGCCAUCCAAGAAAUGCUAUUCCAGCGAUACACAAUAAUCACUUGGAUGUCAUCUUCUAUUACUUGAGGAAGAUUGGACUUUAUGCUAAAAGUGCUCCUGUCAGCGAUUGCGGGGUGUUCGUUGCAUCGUUUGCCGAACAUUUCAUUUUGGGUCAUGACAUUACCAAGAAAAAGUUUGACGUCAAUUCUCAAAGAGAAAGGUAUGGAUAUCUACUCUACACUUAUGGCCGAAUGAAACAUAUUAAUGAGUGCGAUAGUGACGACGAAUCCCCCCUUAGUGUCCCUGAUGAAAUUCGGUUCGGUUUUAUGGAUACGGGGAAAACAUUGUAG